AUUGGUGCCAUUCAAACCCUAAUUGGAGUCGGUAAUGUUGCAAGCUGGGAUGAUAAAAUUGCUUUCUUGUCAUAAUCACGACUAUUCUGAAGGAACUGAAGCAGCAUAAAUGAAUGCAGAGCCUAAAAAAGCCUGAUGGCAGGAGGAUGUUUAGAUGAAACCUAUGCUCCAUCACAGUUGGCAUGAAUCCAGUGCAGCAAGCAUACGAUGGUGGACAAAAGGAAGGAUGGGAUUCUUUGAUGUGCGGGCGAUGCAUCCGUGGAGGCAUGACUCGGUGGAAGGAAGGAAGGAGGGGGUUCACGGCAGAAGCGCUUGCUUGUUUAGGGUUGAGAGAAACCCGUGAGAGCGUGACUGUGGAGUGAAUGCCACGGACUGAAGUGACUCACUUCUCCCUUCCUCCUCCUUAUCAAUGAAGCCUGUCCGAGUUUGUGAUCAGCGAGUUCAGCCAGACCCACCCCGUCCUGUGCGUGCGUGCGUCCUGCGGUGGCCACUCGGAGUAUUAGCUGCCACUCUGCUCACGAGGGCGCAGCCACGCCAUUGAAUGCCCCCUCCAGGGUUUCAGCUGCAGCUCCGCUCCCUCCCUCCGCAGCCAUGUCCCACAUCGCCGUCGAAAGGAACAGGAGAAGGCAGAUGAACGAGCAUCUCAAGGUCCUGCGCACCCUCACCCCUUCCUUCUACAUCAAGAGGGGAGACCAAGCAUCCAUCAUCGGAGGAGCCAUAGAGUUCAUCAAGGAGCUGCAGCAGGUCCUGCACUCCCUGGAGGCCAAGAAGAAGCGUAAGAGCUUGAGCCCCAGCCCCACUCCGAGCCCACGGCCGCUUCUCCAGCUGACACCAUCACCGACGUCCAGCAGCCCCGACACGGUCAAGGAGCUCGGCGCCUGCUGCAACUCCCCCGUCGCGGAUGUCGAGGCCAAGCUUUCCGGCUCCAACGUGCUUCUGAGGACGCUCUCCAAGCGCAUCCCGGGUCAGGUGGUCAAGAUCAUCACCGUCCUCGAGAGGCAGGCGUUCGAAAUCCUCCACCUCAACAUCAGCAGCAUGGAAGACACCGUGCUCUACUCCUUCGUCAUCAAGAUUGGACUCGAAUGCCAACUGAGUGUGGAAGAGCUUGCGUUAGAGGUCCAAAGGAGCUUUUGCGAAGAGAUUGGGUACCCAAGAAGCUUAGGUGAUGCAUGUACUAUAGAUGGUUGAAUACAUACUGAUCGAAUAGUAGUGUAUGAGGUGCCCUCCUCGAGUAUCUCAUCAACAACAAUGUGGAUGUAAAUCUUGUUUUUGUUUUCCCAUGUGGACGUAAAUAUGAGACGAUGAUUAUUGGCUA